AUGCCCAAGAUAAGCACCACUGGGCUGAUUGCGCAGAAGAACAUGAGGUUGAGCUGGUCUGCGGCGUCCGUCUUCAUCCUUCUCCGAGAAGCCUCACUAGCUUGUGGGACAGUCAUUCUGGUGUCAAAUGGUGGCGGGCUCGGUGACUGGGGAGAGUGGGAGAGAUGCCCACUGGGACACGUGGCAAGAGGCUUCAGCACAAAGACGGAGCCAAAACAAGUCUUUGAUGACACAGCCCUGAACGGCAUCAAGCUGUAUUGUGCCAAACCCUACUCUAACCAAAUCACCAGAACGGUAACCUCUUCUGUUGGAAAUGAGCAGCAGAUCUCCACCUAUAAGAGCUUAAGGUCUCCAAGGACCGCCCCCGAGGAACAGCUGGUCCGACAUAUACAGGCUUUCUCAGGGGCAUGGGCGGUAGAAACCUAUUUAUGGGGGAAAUGGGGACCCAUUGUAUGGUGCCCCACGGGAUAUCUCAUCAGUUUCACGCUGAGGGUGGAGCCGUACUCGCACACGUUCUUCUCAGACAACACGGCUGCCAACAACAUCCAGUUCCUGUGCUCGGACUACUCUACAGUACUGGAAGGAAAUGGGCUCACCUGGGGAACGUAUGGGGAAUGGAGUGAUGUCUGCUAUAAAGGGAUAUCUGCCCUGAGGACCAGGGUGCAGGGACCACAGGGGCUUUGGACUGAUGACACCGCCCUCAAUGAUGUCCAGUUUUUGUGCAGUGAGAACUAACCCAGGAAAGGUUUACAGAUGUGUCCCCAUACACCUAGCCUCAAUACGACAUACAGCACGAGAUGCCAGCCAACUCCCCCCUGACUCUUCUCUCCAGCCAGCCAGUGUCG